AUGACGCAAGGAAAUGCCACUGAAGUGACUGAAUUCUAUCUUCUCGGAUUUGGUGUCCAAUAUGAGAUUCAGUGUGCCCUCUUCAUUGUAUUUCUUGUGAUCUAUGUGACAACCAUGGUGGGUAACAUUGCAAUGAUCCUACUCAUCAACACAGAUUCCAGAUUUCAAACACCCAUGUACUUCUUCUUGCAACAUCUGGCUUUUGUUGACAUCUGCUACACAUCUGCUAUCACUCCCAAGAUGCUCCAGAAUUUCAUAGUGGAAAACAAAUCCAUAUCGUAUGGAGGGUGUAUAAUGCAAUUAUUGGUUGUCGCAACAUUUGGGACCACUGACUGCUACCUCCUGGCAGCUAUGGCCGUGGACCGUUACGUAGCCAUCUGCAAGCCUCUUCACUAUCCCGUCAUCAUGUCCCAGACAGUGUGCAUCCUGUUGGUAGCUGGCUCAUACCUCAUGGGAUCAAUAAAUGCCUCCAUACACACAGGUUUUACAGUUUCCCUGUCCUUCUGUAAGUCCAACAUCAUUAAUCACUUUUUCUGUGACUUUCCCCCAAUUCUUGCCCUCUCUUGUUCCAGCACUGACAUUAACAUCAUGUUACUUGUUGUCCUGGUGGGAUUUAACUUGACAUUCACUGUGCUGGUCGUGAUCUUCUCCUACAGCUGCAUCCUGACCUCCAUCUUAAAGAUGUCUUCUGCUGCGGGCAGGAGGAAGACCUUCUCCACCUGUGCCUCCCACCUGACGGCCGUCACCAUUUUCUAUGGAGCCCUCUCGUACAUGUACUUACAGCCUUCUUCCGAGCGCUCCAAGGAGAACAUGAAAGUGGCCUCCGUAUUCUAUGGCACUGUGAUUCCCAUGUUGAACCCUCUGAUCUAUAGCUUGAGAAACAAGGAGGUGAAAGAAGCCAUAAAAGUAAUAGGUAAAAAGCUUUUGUAGGUUGGAUCUGAACUGUUUAAACUUGGUGCAUCAAACCAUCCAGUGGAGAUGUGCUGCCACAAUUUAAUGUUUCUAAAAUAGGGAUUGUGGCUAUUUCUUAAACCAAAUCUACUUCAUUCAGUAAAGUCCUAAAAUGUGGACAACAGUAGAAACAUGUAGGACUGAAAAUCACCCCCUGGGAAAUACAGAUACUGGACUAGUUCUAAAGCCCCUGAAGUUACUGAUCAAGCAUACAGCAAAA